AUGAGCAGCUUCGGGCAGAUCCUGAAGGAGAUCGGAGAGUUUGGUUUAUUUCAGAAGCGUUUAGUCGCUGUGUUAUGUAUUCCCGGCAUUUUCGUUGCAUUUGAUGCGAUUGGACAAGUGUUUACAGGCAUGAACUUCCCUCAUCACUGUAACACUGACUGGAUCUUGGACCGAGGACCCAACCUGACUGUGGAGAGACAGAUAAAUCUCACCAUCCCUGUGAACAAAGAUGGAACAUAUGAUAGCUGUGAAAUGUUCACAACUGUGGAUUGGGAUUUGGAAAAGAUUGAAGCAUUUGGGAUUAACACUACAACAGGAUGCAUAAAUGGAUCAGAUUACGAGACACCCAAAGGGGCCUCCAGCAUCGUGACAGAUUUUGAUCUGGUGUGUGACAGGAGCCGUCUCAUUGAGGUUUCACAGUCCAUUUUCAUGGUUGGUCUCCUGGUUGGAGCGUUGGUGUUUGGGCUAAUGGCUGACAGGUUUGGUCGACGCUUCGUGGUCCUCCUCUCCUUCCUUCAGCUACUGCUGUGUACUGUCGCUGCUGCUUUCUCACCCAACAUCUAUGUCUACAUCGUUAUCAGAUUCUUAGGUGGCAUGUCAAAUUCUGGCAUCGGUGCAAAUGCAUUUGUCAUAGGUGGAGAAUGGAGUGAUUCUUCCAAGUUUGCUCUCUGUACCGUCGUCGCCCAAUCUACAUUUCCUCUUGGACUGAUGAUAAUGUCUGGCAUUGCCUAUCUGAUCCGUGACUGGAGGAUCCUGCAGCUGGUGCUUUUCUGGCCUCUUGUCCUUGUUCUGGGACUAUUUUACUGGAUUCUUCCAGAGUCAGCUCGCUGGCUCCUCACCCAGGGCAGGAAGAAGGAGGCCAUAAAGGAAAUCUGCAGGGCAGCUAAGGUGAAUGGGAGGAAGGUCCCAGAAGACCUGAUAGAGAGGCUGGAGGCUGCAGGAACAUCCAAAAGAGGAAACAUGUUGGACAUCUUCAGGAUCUCCUACCUGAGAAAACGUGCUCUUGUAAUGAGCUUCAUCUGGUUUGCAACUAAUCUGAUGUACUAUGGACUGAGCCUGAAUGUCGGCAACUUUGGUCUGGACAUCUACCUCACGCAGUUCAUCUUUGGUCUCGUAGAAGUUCCUGCCUAUCUGGGCUCUUUACCACUCAUCCAGCACUUUGGGAGGAGGAUAUGUCAAUCUGGGGUGCUGAUCUUUGCAGGUUGUGCUUGUCUUGGGACACUUGUGAUUCCAAAAGAUCUUCCUCAAGUCGUAACAGCCAUCGCUGUUCUUGGAAAAUUUGCAGUAACUGCCUCUUUCUCAAUAGUCUAUGUUUACACGGCAGAACUAUACCCAACCGUUGUGAGGCAGAAUGGUGUAGGUCUAAGCACCAUGUGUAGUUGUGUGGGGGGUAUCCUGGCUCCACUGGUCAGACUCCUGGACGUCUACCAUUACACCAUCUCCAUGCUAAUAUAUGGCACCAUCACCAUUGCUGCUGGAGGUUUCUGUUUACUACUGCCUGAAACCUGCAAUGUUGAACUGCAGGACCACACUGAACAAAGGGAACCUGAGAAUGGAACUGCUGAGAGGAGAAGGCUGCCGGCCUUUCUUCUCCUGCACCGCCGAGGGGGAAGCCUGGCAUCUUCUCUUCGCAUCCAAAUCUACGAGAGGAGCGCAAAAGUCUAG